GGGAAAAUGAAAUGAAUGCUUGAGAGUUGAGAGAAAGAGAGAGAGAUUUGAGGGAAAAAAUGGAGAGAAAAAGCAGAGAAUAAAAAGAGACCGGAUGUUGACAAAUUUCGUGUCACUGUUCUUAGAAGGUCGUUCGUUUGUGUAAAAAGAUUUCUUAUCUGGGAUCUCUCUCUUCUCCCCCCCCCCCCUCUCUAUCUCUCUCUUACAUAAAUAAAAAUACUAUCUUUCUGCCUUUCUCUCUCUAAAUAUCAUUUCCUUCCUUUUCCCCCUUUCUUUCCCCUUGUUGUUGUUGCUGCUUGCUGGUGUUGUUGUUGAGAGAGAAAGUGAGAGACUUGGGGAUAGAGAGAGAAAAGGGAGGAAUAGUGGCCCAGCAGAUCGAAAUCUCCUUUUGUUCAAUUUGGGGGGAGACGAUCUAAGCUCCUUCAAUGGCAUCAGAGCAGUACCCACUCUUUGUUUUUGCUUUUCCUCUUCUCCUUUGAGCUCCCUCUCCCUCUCCCCCUCGUUUUUGUUUCUUCUUCUCUCCUAACUUUUCUCUGAUAGUGCCAGUCUCCUGGGAGAGAGUCUUGGAAUUUUUGUUUGUCUGAUGUAGAAGUUGGGGCUGUCAAAUGAUUGUAUGCUUGUAGGUUUCUUGAGGGGAAAGAGGGGGAUAGAAAGAGGAUGCGGGUCUGAGGUAAUAUUAUUUUUCCUCUUAUGGGUUAUCUGAUUUUGUUCUUUUCUAAUUAGAAUGUUUUGUGGGUAUAAUUUGUUUUGUUUAAUGAUUUUGUCAAUUGGGCUUUGCUUUAAUUUUUUCUUUUGGGGGUGGGUUUUGGUAUCUGUUAUCAGUUUGGUGAAUUUGGGUCGAGGGUUGAGGUAUUGUGGGCAAUUCAGAGUAUGCAAUUUUCUUCUCCAGUAAUCUCAUGCUUAGGUUCACUGAGUUUUGGCGUCUGAUUUUGUUUCCUUUUUGUGUUUGUUUGUUUCUUCUGGUCAGCCUUGGUUGCCAAUAGGAUUCGUUGAUGUGUGGGGUUUUAGAAGUUUCUGUUGGAAAGCUGGGGGCAGUUCUACUGCUCAUAUUUGCUAACGAUCUUUUGUUAAUUAAGACUGUAUGCUUUUAGAGGAUCAGUGUUGUUCACUCUUGAAUGUCUUAAUUUAGAUUCUGGUUUUGCAGUUGCUCAUACUUGCUUAAUAUACUCUUUCAAAUUCUGUUCUUUGUCAUGGGGUUCUUUGAAUUACUAGCAUCCAGAGGUAGUUUGUGGAGAUAUCAAAGAUCAAUAGUUACUAGCGUUCCUUUUCUGUAUGCUAGGGAUAUUUCUGUUUGUCUUGUAGCUUUGAGAUUACCAACCUGAGUGCUGGUAGAAAUGGUGUCUAUUGUGUUCUGAUUUUACUUCCUUCUAAGGUUGUAUGUGGUCAAGGGGCUAACUAGGUUGUCAGACCGUCUCUGGAGUUCUUACCAUUUUGAGAUUAGGAUUUCUGACUGUAAUGUAACUGGUAGCAGUUAGCCUAAUAAUUUCACUGUAACCUUUUUAGCUAGAUGCAGAUCGAUAGACGAUUUAUGUCAGUAAAACGUGGAUAAGUCACCACGUGUUAGAUGUGUUAGUUUUUAGUUAGUGUAAUGUAGCCAGUUUAUCUAGAUGAUAGGCAAAUAGCUCUAGUUUUACUGAUGUCUGGGAUUAAUUUCACCUGUCACCAACAGAAUUUGUAAGUUCUGUUAGUUGAUAGUUUAUGCCGCACUUGGAAGAGUUGUUCUGGAAUCGUCUGGAUUAGGGAAAUAGCUUAUAUGUUUGUGGAUAUGGACAGUAGUGACUUCCAUAAAAAAUUUAUCAGUUUGAGAUUAUAAAGUUGCGAAUGUUUAGUGAGUGAACUCCGAAUGGGAGUUAGUGAUUUGGGUUUUACUUAUAUAUCGGACAAAUAAGUUCGGUUACAUAACCAUACUUUUUUUUAGGAAUGUUUAAUUUGGGAUGAAGUGAAUUCUGUGGAAUCGGUUAUUUGGGAUCUAAAUUAGGUAUUGGACAAAUUUGUUCAGUUAUAUAACCAUAAUGUCUGUUGGCCAUGCUUUUUUAUAUAUAAUUUUUAUGGUAUUUGUUGGCCAUUUUUUCUUGGUUAAUGCGAAUUUGUUCAACACUAGUUGUCUUAAUAUGUGCUGGUACUCUCAAGUGCUGAUUCCAUUCCCACAUAGGAACCAGACCUGGGAAAAGCAGGGGACUUGUAGUUGUGUACUUAUACACGGUCUUUGGGUGCCUUUUGGUUUGUUCAUGUAGGUGGUUCUUCAAAAGCUUAUGGUGCUUGGAUCGAUAACCUAUAAAAUAAAACUCAGGUUAGCAUAAAUGAAAUACAUGUUGACUAGACUUCUUGAAUUCUUUGCAUGUGAAAUGAGUAAACAAGUUAUCGCAAUGUGGCCGUGCGUCAGUUUUCAGUAGCAUAUCACCUAUCUCCAACAGUCUUCACUUCUUUCUUAUGAAAUCAAAGACUGUCCUUUGAGGGAAUUCUCCUGUAUGCAGCUAAUACUUUCCUUGUAAUGUGGUUGAAAUUCAUCACUCCGUUUUGUCUACUUCCAGGAAUGGGAACGAAAGUGCAGCGUGAAAGCUACAUUCCAGGAUAUUUUCAAAUGAGGGAUCUUAGUGAUGAGUCUAACAGCUGUAGCUGGCCACAAUAUUAUGGGGAUAAAACCUUCGCAAAUGGCCAGUACUACAAUGGUUUCUUGCCAAGGGCAAUCACUGAUACUUAUUCAGGUUAUGAUAAGGACUUAGUAAAGCGGACAAUGCUCGAGCAUGAGACCAUAUUCAGGAACCAGCUUUACGAGCUUCACCGCCUCUACAGAAUACAAAGGGACUUGAUGGAUGAAGUUAAAAGGAAGGAAACACCAAACAGAAGUCGAGUGCAGGUCGAGGCAUUAUUGUCAUCAAGCCCCUUAGCAUCCCAAGUUACAUCUGAAGAUGUUAGGAAAUGGCAUAUCCCUGGCUUUCCACUGGGAAAUUCUGUUUCUGCUCGGCCAUCUACUUCUGCCAUUGAUAAUAGUAAUUCACCCUUAAGUUCCGUCAGAGGAAGCAGCACAUAUGCCAGUCCCUUGCCAAAUAAGAAUGGUUGUACUUCAAAGGAUGUUGAGAUAUUGGAGUCCAGACCCACAAAGGUGAGGAGAAAGAUGUUUGACCUCCAGCUUCCGGCAAAUGAGUACAUAGAUACUGAAGAAGGGGCACCGACCAAUGUGUUUGAAAAGGCAAAUCAGCUGGUCGAAGGAAAUCCGAGUUAUACUAACAAGAACGGCUUCACUCAGAAUAAUUGCCAGGAUAAUGGUUCAAUAUAUGAAUCACGUUUAAGGGGGAAAACUAGUAUGGCUGAUUUGAACGAACCAAUUUCGAUUGAAGAAACUAAUCCUUCUGAUCAUGUUAGUGUUCUUGGUGUUACCCCUUUCCAUGUGAAGGUUAGAGGCACAGAAUUGGAUGGUAAGCAGAAGUCACGACUUGAAGAUUCUCUGGAUGUGAUACCUCAUCGUGGGAGUGAUAGUAGGCCUUUGACUAGACCUGAUCGUCAGAAUGAUGGAAACGGAAAGGAGUGGUUGACCCAUAUAGGUGAAGCAGGACAUACUAUAAACAAUGUCAAAUCUGCUACCGAGACAGGGAGUUUCCUGUCAUCUUCUCCGUCGAUGCAGGUCUUGUUCAACAACAGAGCUCUUGAACCUCCAAAUUUUUCAGUUACUGAUCAAAAGAAGAAUCAGUCAAGAGAUAGAAGCAGUCAUGGUCUAGACCUUUCAGAAAGCAGUCUCGACGAUUCUAAUAAUAAUUGUCACCGAGAAGCAGUUAUGGCUUCUAGUAUAUCCAGUCCGUAUCUGUUCGCACCUGAUUUGAGCAAGUCUUGGUCUCACUCUGCUUUGUCUUGGGAAAAGCCUACUGGAAUCUUGAACCAGAAUGGUAUCUCGGUUCAAAUGCAUCCUCAUUUGAAUUCGUCAUCUGCAUCAUUGAGGAAGAGUUCUCGGCCAUCAACUGAAAGCAAUGGGAUCUUUGGAGACCGAUGGAACUGUAACAACACCAGCUCUGCAUCUAACCAUAAAUUUGGAAAUGAAGUGUCUAACCGAAAUGGAUAUUACCAUGGGAUUUCUACAGGGUUGAAGGAAUUGCAGUUUUCUAUUCCUUCAGGAAGUGAUGGACAUGUGAACCGUGGUACUGCUGACAAUGCAGCAGCUCAAGAGCAACUAAUCAAUCAUGCAUCAGUUAGGUUCUAUCAAGGUUCGAGUUACAUGGAUUUGAAGCCCAACUUGAAUAUGGCAAUUUCGAAUGGUUCAUCAAAUAAGGUGGCUACCCGGCAUGGUAUUGAGAUUAUAGAUCUGGAAAGAAAGGAUGAUGAUAAUCUCUCUUCUUUACCUUGGCUAAGGGGUAAUCCGGCUUUCAAAAAUGAGGCCACUAGUACUGAGACGGUUCGCAAUGCUGGGAAAUUGAGUUUCUUGAAUUCCUCUAAAGUUCUCCCAGACAGAGAUUUUAGGGGCUCCCAUCAUCCUGCCUUUCAUGGUAAGAAAUUAGCUUCUCAUUCUACUUAUCCUGAUACCACUACGAUUGAAGUUAGGGAGUCCACAAGUUGCCGGAAAAUUCUUGGCUUCCCAAUUCUUCAAAAUACACAAGCUCCCAAGAAAGAGUCUUGGUCUUUCAGCUCUCCUGGUGACUCCGUUGCCCCUCCAUCCAAACAAGAGGCAGGAAACAAAGUAAAAAAUAUAGUGUUCGAUAUGAACAUUCCCUGUGAUGAUCUGGCAGCAGCUGAUUUUUCCCAAAAGGCAUCUGAUCAAGUCAAGCUUGUCAAUAAUGAGGAAGAUACUAUAAAGGUUCCCAACUAUAGAUGUGAGAUUGACUUGAACUCUUGUGUAAGUGAAGAUGAAGCUGCUUUAUCUCCUUCCGCUCCUGAUUGCAAAAAGAAGACAGUUACAGGGAUUGACUUGGAAGCUCCAAUAGUUCCUGAGAUUGAGGAGGAUGUAGAAUGCAUAGCGAAGGUUGAUAAAGAACUUUCACUAUCAAGGCAUCAAGAAUUAGAAAUACAGCAAGAUGAAUUUGUCAUAAUAGCAGCUGAGGCAAUAGUUUCCAUCUCAUCAGCAUCUGCUCCCCAAGAUCAAGCAGAAGGUGCUAGCUCUACCCUUCACUGGUUUGCAGACAUAGUAUCCUCUUGUGGGGAUGACUUGGAAAGCAAGUUUAAAGCUAUUGCGAGAGUUGACGAUAAAGAUUCGUCUUCCAUUGAGGAGUUUGAUUACUUUGAGUUGAUGACACUGAAGUUGACAGAGACCAAAAUAGAAGAUUACAUGCCAGAGCCUCUUGUCCCGAAAGACUUGAUAUUGGAUGUAACAGGACCCAGUGCUGCGGUUCCCACUAGGGCACGAAGGGGUAAUGCGAGGAGAGGAAGGCAGAGACGGGAUUUUCAAAGAGACAUCCUUCCUGGGAUGGUCUCCCUUUCUAGACAUGAGGUAACUGAAGAUAUUCAGACAUUUGGAGGGCUAAUGAGAGCAACAGGUCAUGUUUGGCAGUCGGGAUUACUGAGAAGGAACUCGACUAGAAGUGGGUGUGGAAGAGGAAGGAGGCGGUUGGUGGUUAGUCCUCCUCCACCACCUCCUCCUCCGCCUCCUCCGGUGGUGGUGGCUGUAAGUUCGCUGAUGCCUUGUGCUCCGCUGAUUAAUCAACUUAGUAGUUUUGAAGUGGGAAUGGAGGAUAGGAGCCUAAGAGGUUGGGGAAAGACAACUAGGCGUCCACGCAGGCAAAGGUGCCCGGCUGGUAAUCUUCCAACUCUCCCAGUAACCUAAAAUUACAAAUGAGCCGCUUUUUUACCUGCUGAAAAUUCUAUAAAUGGAAAGAGCAUGGGAGUUGGUGACAUUUUUCUCCUGGAUCUUGUGGGAUUGAGUUUUCUUGUGAUCAAUCGUGGGGAUUCCCUUGUACAUUCCUCCUUACCCAUAAUCCCGGGUCUCUUGGCUUCCUUCCAUGGGCGACAUGCCACCAACCUUCUACCAGUCAGUAAAUAAUGUCAGCAUUCGAGAUUGAUACUACCGGGAUACAUUUAUGAGCAGCAGCACCGUAGGUUUAUCAGAGUCAGCAAAGAGAGCAGAAAGCACCAUACUUGGUUUCUCAAAGGGUCAUCAUAAUCUCUGGUGAUAGAGAAAGAGGGACACGAUAAUAUCUGCUUGUGAUUGAUUGCAUUCUAUUUCAGAUUCAAGAGGGCAAGGCAACUGAGAAUGUGUGUAAUAAUUGUAGAUCCCUAACAAGGAUGGCUGCGUUACUUCAUUUUUCUCUCUUUUCGCUAUGGGUCUUGCAUUGUAUUCUGGUUCUACAGAACAGAGAAUGGAUGAGGAGACAGGAGAGUUUGUUCGCCUGUACGUUUUAUUUUGGCCCCCAACUCAACAGUUAUUAGAGGAUAAACCCAAACAAAUGACAGAAAGGUUUGUUCUUUCCAAUUAUAUAGAUGUUGAUGCUUGGCAGAUCUUCUGUAUGUACUUUGUUUUUCCUAUAUUGGGUUCUCUUACUUGGGAUGGAAGUAGGAAUCUGGAAGAAACACACUGUUGAAAAGAGGUGGGAGGAACGUAAGAUUUGUAAAUUGGACAGAGCAUUAUAUUUCUGGGAAAUGGAAGAAAUUCGGGCCAACCAGCCAGCAAGAUUCUUCCAAAUCUCAGGGAGGUAAGUGAGCCAGGAAGGAAGGAAUACAUUCUGGGGAAUUAUGGCAUGGCAGGAGCAAGAUUUGUUUGGUGGGACUGGCCAAUAACAAUUGGACAUUUGUCUGGCUGUCCCCAUCUGAAUUUUGUGGUUCUUGAUGUUGGUUGGCAGCAGAGAUGGUUGACUAGACGAGAAUCUUUUGGAAAAUUCAGUUUGAAGUCCCUGAAUAUGGAACAAUAGCCUUUUUUACUACCUUCCAAAAAAGUGUGAUUUGUUAUAUUUUUUUAGUCGAAAAUUUGGUCACUAGGAAUAUAGGUUUACUAAAAUGUUUCACUUUUGUCAUUAAAAAUAUUUUAUUCAAUUUAUAGUUACUAAAAUAAGUUCAAUAGUCCCAACUUGUAAUUUACCUUUUUUUGGGUUGAUUGUAGAAGGUAGUUUGUAGGGUUUCGAGUUAGGAGGGUUGAGCGAAUAUGGUGACUAAUUUAUAAUGGUAGUCACUACCUCACCAUGACUAAUUUUUUUAUUAAUUACCUUAUUAAAUUAAUUACAUUUUUUGAAAUUAUAAUUUUAUAUUAAUUAUAAUUUUCUCUCUCCCUCUCCCCACUUUUCUGUUUCUGUCACCCCUAUUUACGUUAUUCUUCUCAAUUCUUCUUUGUCUUCGUCGUGAGGAAGAAAAAAAAUGAGAGAUCAAUACCAAAUCAUAAAAAAAAAAGACUAUAACUUAAAAAUGCCAAUACAAGUCAAUACCAGUAUAGACAGUGACAGAGCUACGUUAGCAGGGGAGGCUAUAGUCCCACUUCAAUUCUCAAAAUCAUGUAAAAUUACAUGUAAGUUUUGUAAUAAAUUGGAAAAAUAUAAUAAUCGAUAAGGCGUUAGCCCCUCCACCCCCUCUUGCCAAAUCGAAUUCUCUGCGUGUAAAUUUUUAGCCCCUGCUCGUUGAAAUUUAUGGCUAUGCCACUGAGUAUAGACGAACCAAUACCAGUUCAAAACAAAUCAAUACCAGUAUAGACAAACCAAUACUAGUUUAAUGCAAACCAAUACCAGUUCAGAUGGACGAAUAUCAAUUCUAGGUGAAUUGAUACCAAUUUUACACAAACCAAUACUAGUUCAAAUAAACCAAUACAUUUUCAAUACGAACCAGGGGCGGAUACUUGCAGGUCUAGGGGUGUCCUAGGACACCCCUAAAAUUUGGAAACACGAUUAUUCAACCUCCGAUAGUAGUUUGUAUAUGAGGAAAAAAAAUGUUUAAGUGGUAGUGGGACACCCUUAAAAUUUGGGAAAACGAUUGUCUAACCUCCCAUAGUAGUUUGCGUAUUAGUACAAAUAAUAUUUUAUUAGUAGUUUAUGUGAUUUAAACUUGAGACACUGCCACUAUUAGUAAACAUAUUUUCAAUUACACUACAACUCAUUUGUUAUUGUGUUCUAGAUCCAAAUAUAAUAGUAAAAUGUUAUUCUUAUCCCAAAUUAUUUUUAAAACCUAACGAUUAAACCCAAUUACUGGAUAUCCUUUUCUAGUAGGAUAUAUCGAAAGAUCAUUGUUGAGCAGUAUAGACACUGAAUGUAUUUUACUAUUUUACGAAACAUGUCUGAACUUUUAAUGUAACUUUUAUUAGUCAGAUAUUUUCAUAUUUAAUAAUUAUUUUAUUUAAUUUUAAUAUUUAAUUUUUGAAGAGGACACCUUAUGUAGAAUUUCUGGAUCCGAGUCAUCCGACACUGAUACGAACCAAUACCAAUUCAACGCGAAUCAAAACCAGUUCAACACAAACCAAUACAAGAAUACAAAACUCAUAUGAGUUUUGAAAAACAAAUUCAUUCGGGGGGAGAGAGAGAACUCACUAAAUAUGGGUUUGGGGCAGUGAAAGAGGAAGAGGAAUGGUUGAGGCAUGUAUGUUCGUAGGAAGGUGGUAGGCAGAAACAUGGAAGAGGAAGAGACAAUGGCGGAGCAAGAAUUUAAAAGUAUCCAUGUCUUCUUUUUAAAAUAUAAAAGAAUAUUAAAUAUAAUUAAAAAUAAUAAUAUCCAAAUAUAUCAUCCAUAUAUAAUAACGAAAAACCAAUCAAUACAAUCACUAUUUUCAUGAACAACCACAAUACAUUUUCAUAUUCUAAGUUAAAUUAAAUUUAUCUAUGCCUUUAGACAAGAAAUGUCUUGUAAUGUAGUGGUAUAAAACUCUUAUAUUACCUAGAUAUCAUGAAUGCAAUACUUAGUUUAUACAUAUAUGAGAUAUUUUUUUGUUAUUCUAGAAAUUACAUGUGUCAUGGGACACAUCCCAGGACCCUUGGCUCCGCCUAUGAGAAGAGAGGAAGAUGGAGAAAGAGAGACAGAGAGGACUAUGAUUAUUAGGGUCUGGUGGCCAUAUUUUAAGGAUAGUAAUCAUAUAUGAAUACUACUUUUGUUUCAUAACUACCUCAAAACAAUCAUGACCCAGUUUAAAAAUGAAGCGAAUGAAGGAUAGAGAUGUAGGUUGUCAUAGUGACAACGUGUCACGGUAACCCAUUCCUCAUGCCAUUUAAGUAUAGAGUAUGUUUCACAUUAACCAUUGAAUCACGGUCGUACCACAAAACACUCUAUCAUAUACUAAUUUUGUAUAUGACCUCCGAUACGAUUUUUCAAUUCUUGAAAAAAACUAAUAAGCAAUAUUCUCCAUCUGUAUCAAGAGCUACGCAACUAUGCUCAUAUUCACAGGUGCUUUUGUUUAAAAAAAAAAUAUUUUAUGGUACAAACUGAAUUUGUAGCUCUAAUAUAAUUAUGGUGUAAAUACAAUUUGUAUAUAUACAUUUUCCUUGAAAAAUUUUUAUGGUGCAAAUUAAACGUAUAUCUUAAC